GUUGAUUGGUGUGACGUGAGGAAUAACAAGAAAAAAAAGGAUAAGAAAGAGCAGACGCACACGAAUUACAACACAGCGCUGGGUCGCGUUAAACAACUGCACCUGCAACACCCACCGCCGUCCAAACGAUGGCAAAGGAUCCGUGCACGGACUUUAAGAUGGAAUCGCUCGAAAGUUUCGAACCACUGGUCAACCCCAUCCGACAGUAUCGGAACCGAUCGAAGCGAACGCUGAAGACGGGUGAAGAGAAACUGGCGGAAGUGCUUGCCAAAAUAGCAUCUCUGCAGAAAAGCUCCGACAAAACGGAUGGAAUCGAUCGGACAAAGGUCCGCACGUACAAUGUAAAGCUGCGUCUACGAAAGAGUCUGCUGUACAGGUGCUUUGACUGUGGCAGAUGCUUUGCCAAUUCGGACUUUCUUGAGCUGCAUGAAAAAUCGCACACAGAGCAGGGUAAAUGUGACAUCGAUCUACGCCAGGAACCAGCCGAUUCCGAAAUGAAUCUCAAACAGAACGCUUGGUUUGUGGAUGACUUUGGUGAGGAAGGAGAUGAAGAGGGCGGUGACGGGGAGCACAUCGUGCAGCUCGACUGUACGGUAGAGGAAGGCGAAGACAUCUUCGACAUUACGUUUGAUCGUACAAAGUGCGAGAAGACGUACACAAUGAAGUACAAGGUGAAGAAGGAACCGGUAGGUAAGUGUGAGCACUGUUCGAAGCAGUUCUAUUCGGCGGAAUACUUGAAGCUGCACGAGCUGGAACACGAGAAGUUUUUGGACAUUGCAAACAUUGAGCCGAGCAUCAACAUUAUUCGGUCGCCCCGAAUUGAAGAGAGCACCAUGACACUGGACGAUAGCUUCUACGAGGCGCUGGAUGUGAAUGAUAUUAUCGAGCAUAGCAGUGGUACGAUCGACUGUUCGGCCGAUGGUAGGCUAGCGACCGGUACAGGUAUAAUGCUCGAGUAUUGCAUCAUCCCUCGGCGAUCGGUCAGUGGUGAGAAAGAUUUGCCCCAGGUAAAAGAGCAUCCAAUGUGCCAGAUGGUAAGGGAAAGAGAAGAGAGAGAAAGGAAAGACGACAAUGCGGCAGCUACACGAAUAGUCAAUCAGUCCGAGUGCCAACCAACGGUGGUAGUAAAGCAAGAGAAAGAUGUGAUAAUUAAGGAGGAACCCAUCGAUGAGGAACCACCAGUGAGGAUGAUGGAACCCAUCGACGAGCAACCACCAGUGACGAUGAUCAAGCAGGAGAUUAAGGAAGAAGUCAUGGAUGGUGAAGAUGAAGCCAGCAACGUUCAGCAGCAUGUUGAGUUUCCUUCGGACCAUUUGGAAGCAAAAUAUACAUGCUCGAAUUGCUCGAAACGAUUUCGAUUUCGGGCGGAUUUGCUCGUGCACGAACGUACGCACUCCGGCGUCAAAGCGUACCGUUGCCAGGAUUGUGCGGAAACGUUUAUCUCGCGAGGAAAAUUAUACUUUCAUUCCCUCGAUCAGCAUAGGAAUCGUUCGGAUUGAAGCAGUAGAAGCUUUGCCGAAUAGUACCAUUUUCAAUUGAAGUAAAGCGCCAGCAGCAAAACAACAAAAAAACAUAGUGUUGCCGCGUAUUGGCUUGUUGUGGCUGGACAGGCUGAAGAUCUAGAUGUUGUAGAUCGGGGGAACGCGUUCCGUUAGGGAAACAGUAGCCCCACAUUACGUUCGUACUAAUAUCGUAAAUAGUGUGUCCAAUGUUUCCCUGUGUCGUUCGUUAUCAGCAAGCACAAAACAUAAUACUCACACGCUUUGUCGCAUUUCUCUUUUAUUUUUUAAAAUAAAAUUUCAGUAAAGUAAUAAAUCGA